ACGGUGUCGAGCAAGGAGCUGAAGGAGUAUUUCUCGCAGUUCGGUGUGGUGCAGAGGUGCCAGCUGCCGUUCGACAGAGACACAGGAUUCCACAGACGCUAUUGCUGGAUUAAAUUCUCAACUCCACAGGAUGUUCAGAAUGUGUUACAGAAGGAAUCCCACAUACUUGAAGGCUCCAAGCUGAUUCUCAAGCAGCAGGUCCGCAGGAGACGCAGUCAAAGGAGGAGUCAGAGUGAGUGA